UUUUUUAAUGAUUUUACUGAUUUUAUACCAACGUUUUUUUACGUUUUGAGUACCAAGCGAUUUUAAGUAGGGUUGUAGGGGUGAACAAUCACAUCUGCAAACUGACCAUCCAACUAACCCGAUCCAACUAAUAUGUAUUUAUCGCAAAAAUUAAGGUUUAUGAUUGGGUGAGCGUUUUCUUUUGUACAACUUGCCUCUUUUCGGUUGGGUUUGAAUUUUGGAUUACACUACCUGUAGAACCGGACCCAAAUCGUGUUCCAACUAUUUAUAUGAGUUCGUAUCCAAAAAAUAUUUAUGUCGUAUAUAGCCAUUUUUAUAAAAGAAUUAAGAUAUUUCGCCAUGUUUGUUUCUCAUGGUCUCCCUAAUUUAAUGCAUUCUUCGGCUUAAAGUUUAGAAUUUUUUUAUACAACUAUGAUUCACGUAAUCCUUUUCUUGUGUACAAUUUUAAUAGAAUAACAUAUUAUGGAUGCGUUCUUUAUAACCUCUUUAGCCUAUUUUGUCAAAAGUCGUACAAAAAACUAGACAAUGCUGAAGUAAAUCACAUUUUAUUAAAAUUCAAACAACAUUUGUGCAUUUUGAUACAUUUCACCUUGGUUUAUUCGUUUGAAAUUUUUAUUAGUUAUAAAAUAUUUUUAUGGUGUAGAAUAAUUAUAUAUUUUGUGUUGGUUGGGUUUUUACUUAAAAAUAUCAUCAAUCCGACCCAACCCAAUUAGAAACAAACCAUAAGAUUUUAAUCUUUUUGGGUGGUGAUGACUCGAUAUUUGCACAUGUUUUCCCCUUUGUUUCUUGAUUGUUUGAGCUUUAAUUAUUGCUUCUUUGGCCUAUUUUUUGUGUUCCUUUGUCACAUUUCAGGUCCUAGCACAUAAAGUGAAGCAUAGGCGCAAGUUUCAAGUCAAUCAGAGAUCAAUUGGCGAUUAGGGAGAAGAAACUCGGGCAUGACCUGAAGAAUAAUGAAUUUCUACCUCACUUUAUGGAUAAAGAAUCAUGCAAGCUUGUCAUGAAAAGAAAGAGGACGAGACUACGAGCGUCUGGGAUCAAACGGCGACUGAUUCGGAGUCCGGACGAGGGAGAAACGAAGCAUUGAAUAUAGGGGAACAGGUUCGGCAGUAAAAACACGGGCGCGCCUAAAUCAAAACACGGCCGUGCCCAUAUUUAGGCACGACCGUGUUUUGGCCGACGCGCGCGAGCGUGUUUUUAACACGGGGCAAAACACGGGCGGUCAAAAGCAAAGCACGGCCGUGCCCUCGACCGUGUUUUGCCCAGAAUCAGGUUUUUUAACGCAAAUUCAAGCCAAAGGAGAGGGGGAGCUGGGUUUUGGAUCCCAAACACCCAAGGGACGAACCAAAGAGAGAGAGGGCGAUCUGAGGGCAUUCUAAGAGUGGAAUUGGAGGAUUCGAGUUUUUGAGAGAUAGAACGACUUCUAGAGAGAGAAAGUGACGAGCAAGAGUUUCCAAGUGCCCUAGAUUGAUCUUCAACACCAUUGGAGACCAGCUUGAGCUUGGAGAAGUGCCAAUCAACGUCCAGAAGCAGGAAUCCAUCCUUCGCAGUAUGAAUUCCGUGUCUGAUUCUGCUUUUGCUUUCUUCUCCAUGGAGUAGUUCUCCCAUUCAUCUGGGUAUGGAGAACCCUAGAUUUGUAUGUUAGGCUUUGAUUGUAUGAACCCAAGUACUGAUUCUAUGAUUGAUUAUAUUCGAUUGAGGUUUUAAUGAUUGAAUGAUUUGAAUCCUGAUCAAAUUCCUGUUGUUUCUGCUUUGACCUAGAAUGAGAAUAUCUGCCUAGGUUAAUAGAGUAUCCUUGAUUGAAGGUAGGGAGUUGGUGACUUUAGUCGAGGGGCCAACUCACUAUUCUGUACCGGAUUUACUCCGGUAGUGGAGGUUUUGUUCUUAGGGCCUCAAUCUGUCGACUCCGGUGGAGGUUAGUCGCCCGCUAGAGAGUCAGAUUGAGAGGGUCUGAAGACCUUUAGUCGAGACUUCAGGCUGUUUAAGAACCUUCCGCGGUAUAACUGUCAUAGAAACUGAACUUGGUAAUUACAAUCCGGCUUAACUGCAGUCUAGGGGGAACCAUAUCCGGGUGACCUCUUUAACCUGAAUACAACCAGUUUACUUGCUUUGUUUGUUUGGUAGUUUAGACUUGCACUCCAGUUUUAUUGCUAGAUAACAAGAACUCACUGAGUAGUCAGCAAAUCUAGGACCCGGGUUGAUAAUUAAACCUAAACCCGCUAUACUACGCUUUAGGAAGUGGUUACACUUGGCCAAUUCCUGGAGUGACAGUAGAGUCAAGUCAAGUUUUUGGCGCCGUUGCCGGGGACUUUCUAGAGUAUUAGGAAAGGCAGAAGUUUGUUACUUUAGCGUUUUUCUUUUCUUUUCUUUUCCACCCUUGCUUUUCACUUGGGUGUUUUUGUUUUUGUUGGUGCAGAUCUGAAUCAUGGAUCCUCAUGGCUUCUCCAACAAUUGGGGGUAUCCACCACCACCCGAGUGGUAUUACCCCGAGACUCCCUGGAGCAAUCAAGGAGGAGAAGACUAUGGAUUCGGGUUCCAGUACCAACCCCCUUACUACGAAGAACAACCGGACCCCUGGGCAUAUCAAGAACAACCUCAUUACCAAGAAGAAUUUUUCCCACAACCAGAGGGGCCAUUGGAGCUGGAAUUACCCAUGGCGGCCUUCACGGGCCAUUCUGCAGAGCCAUGCUACACUCCACAGCCAGAUCCACACUAUGAAUUGAGACUUCUCAUGGAGCAGUUUGCUCGAGACUGUGAUAGAACAUGCUCCAGGAUGGAUCAUUGUGUCCAGGCCUAUCGUGAAACAGAGGAGAUCCUCCUGAGCUUUAAGAAGAGCGUCGAUGAUCUUGAGCGAUCUUUGGCACAACCUGCUCCAGAUCACCCUUCUGCUACCAUACUAGAAGAGGAGGAGGAAGAAGAAGGCUACAAGGACAUUGUGGAACAUACAGAAGUUGUCACGGAGAGCUCCCGUGAUGGUCAUGAUCAGGAAUGUCCUGUCGUAGCCGACCACACCUUCCCACACCCCAAACUGAGCUUUGAAGAGGCGGGCAUGAGUGAGGAGAUGCAAGAAGAUCUCAUGAAAGAAAUUGCUUGGCAACUUGCUCUCCAAUCCGUGCUAGAAGAAGAAGAGCAAGAAAGGGUGCAGAAAGAAGUUGUGGAGGAUGAAGAAAGUGAAGCAGGAGGAGUUCUUGAUCAUUUCCCAGGGGUGAUACCACAUGAAGAAGGAAGGGAGGUUGAAGAAGAAAUUGGCGUCCAGGCUGAGGACGGAGUUAAGGUGGAAGAGGCCUGCACCGGCCAUGAGUUACAUGUGAUAUCUCCACCAAACUUCGAGGAACUGCUUAGCAAGGACCCAUUUGCAGUGUCUCUUUGCCAGACCAAGGCCACAUCGACAUCGGUCCCUCUUGGUGGAUGCGAUGGUGGUCAAUCGAUGCUGUCAUAUCUGGUUUGGGGCAAUGAGUCGAGAGAAAAGAAGAAGAGGUCUCGAGGGUGGAGACGUUAUCUGCAUCAAGUGCACGAGCUUCCAUCACCUGUCAUACCACAUGCUCGUGACUUGAGACUCCACCUCAUCGACGAGAACCUCAACUUCAAGGAGGUUUUGGGGUGGACCGAAACUUAGGAGCCAUCGUCCGGCUCACGACGUGAAAGAAGCACUUGUUGGGAGGCAACCCAACCAGUCGGUUUGCAUUUCUUUCUCUAUUUCUCUUUGGUUGAGUCAGUUUUGUUCUUUGAUUUCAGAGUCAAUAAUUCAACCGUUGUGAGAUUUUGUGUGGUGUUUGUGUUCCGACUACUUUGUCCUCCUGGAAUGCACCGCCUUCCCCGUCCACCAUCAUUCACCGUUGAUAUGGUAACUUCGUUCUACCCUCCUUAUCUUUCCUCCAUUGAGGACAAUGUCGUGCUUAAGUGUGGGGGGGAUGUUCGAUUAUGUAUGUGUGUGAAUGUUUGACUGUUUGUGUGCUUGGAGCCUAGUCCACUGUCCAAAUUUCGAUUUGAGGGCUCCAAGUACGUGUUCCUUGCAAUUGCCUGCUCAGUAUGCUUUGAAUUGACAGUCUUUAUAGUAAUAUGCAACCUAGGGAGGUAGUGUAGCACUAUGGAGGAUGUUGAUGCAUUUAAGAAGUCUCAUUUCUUCUUCAUAUUGUGUUGGUUGAUUGAGUGAAUUAGUGAUCUUAAGACCCCUGAAUUGUGUGGUGUUGUGGACUCUCUACCUCUCAUGGACUCUUGUUUCAUGUUUUGAGUUUAACAGGUGCUCGAAAAUGUGCUUUAAAAUAACAUCUCCCGUGCGAAUAGGGCGAAAGUGUGUAAGGGGAGACGAGAAUUCGUUCCCAAUUUUCACCUACUACCUCCAGCCCCCUUACAUGUCUUUCCCCCGCACGAGGCUCGAGACACCCGCUCCUGGCAUGGCCGGUAAGAGCCGGGCUCCCGCAAAACCUCUGCUAGGUGGGAGCCCCCAUUUUGUGAAAAGCAGGUUGGGACCCUUGAAAAAAAAAAGGAAAUAUAACAGAAAACAAGCAAAACAGAAAGAAAAGGGGUUCCAACCGUCUUCAAAAAGAAAAUAAGAGCACCUUGAAAAAUGUGAGUCCAUGAUAUUUUUUUUUAGAGUCUCUUUGUCCACGAUUCAUUUGUCCUCUGUUCACUAUUUGCCAUGAUGCCGACUCGAGACUAGCAUUCUCGCCGAAGAAGCUAUGAGAUGACUUGUGCGUCGGUUGACCUCGUAAGCUGCUAAAUGAUCUAGAAAAUUCUCUAUCAACGAUCGAGGGUGCAUGUUGCUAUAGAGGUCUGGAGAGCUGCAUUGGUUUGAGUUAGGUUUGCUUGGGGACAAGCAAACGGUUAAGUGUGAGGGGAUUUGAUGACUCGAUAUUUGCACAUGUUUUCCCCUUUGUUUCUUGAUUGUUUGAGCUUUAAUUAUUGCGUCUUUGGCCUAUUUUACGCUAGGUUGUGUUCCUUUGUCACAUUUCAGGUCCUAGCACAUAAAGUGAAGCAUAGGCGCAAGUUUCAAGUCAAUCAGAGAUCAAUUGGCGAUUAGGGAGAAGAAACUCGGGCAUGACCUGAAGAAGAAUGAAUUUCUACCUCACUUUAUGGAUAAAGAAUCAUGCAAGCUUGUCAUGAAAAGAAAGAGGACGAGACUACGAGCGUCUGGGAUCAAACGGCGACUGAUUCGGAGUCCGGACGAGGGAGAAACGAAGCAUUGAAUAUAGGGGAACAGGUUCG